AUGAGCGCGGCAAUCUCCUACGCAAAGAAGAAUUUAGGGCCGAGAGCGAAGCCUCAGAUUGAGGUCAAGCUCAAGGACAACCAGAAAGAUGAGUUCGCACCAUCAUAUACUUCUCUCGACGAGAUCAAGGGGGAGGUGUUGAUCACUUGUUCGGGUGAUCUAGCCUUCGAGGAUAUAUGGAUCACAUUCGAGGGAGCAGCCAAAACCUACGUCGAGAAAAUAGCCACCACUUCCCCUACCAAUGGCAAGAGCGAAGCCUUCCAGAACUUCCUGCGACUCGUUCAGCCCAUGGAGCCGGCCGCAUUUCCAGAGUCGCGCGUCCUCGAAGCACACAAAACCUACAAGUUUCCCUUCAACUUCGUCGUCCCUCCCCGCCUACUGCCACAGUCGUGUACUCACCCGAAACCUGAAUCCUUCCCUGAGGACGCUCAUCUGAAUCUCCCACCAAGUCUAGGCGAUCCACUCGUGGCCUCAUGGGGCAAGUCGCUGAUGGAUGAUAUGUGCCCAGAUAUGUCUACUAUUAUAUAUUCAAUCAAAUGUCGAAUGACCAGUGGGAGGAGUUCUAGCGGUAGACACAUGACAAUGGCGGAGGCCUCGAAGAAAUUACGUAUCCUCCCAGCUGUGGAUGAGGCUCCUCCACUCAAUGUCGAAGGUGGUGACAAGGAUGACUUUCGGCUGAGAAAAGAAAAGUCGAUCAAGCGGGGAGUCUUUCGGAAGAAGCUUGGAAGACUGGCUGCAGAGGCGCAGCAGCCCAAGAGCCUUCGCCUACAUUCGAUCAAUUCAACAGAAGCCUGCCCAGUGACGACGAUGGCCACGGUGAACGUUCGUUUCGACCCAGCAGAUGAGGGAUCACCUCCACCGCGACUCAACUCUCUUGCAGCGAAGCUCAAAGUCGCUACCUUCUACUCUAGCGUGCCGAUGAAAGAACUGCCAACUAAAUCUAGCGACUUCCACUACAGCAGCGUCAAAGGCCUUUUCGUUGACUCUGUUCCGCUCUCCUCACGUUGUUUGGCAGCCAUUAAAUGGGAAGGACAUAAUAUCGGAGACCCUGACUCGAAGGCUUUACCACCCUCGUAUGGCUAUAAAGGCAAGAAGUUUUACACCGCUAAGGUCGUCGUACCUAUUGAGCUGCCAAAGGGGAGCAAGGUGUUUGUGCCAUCCUUCAACAGCUGCCUCAUUUCUCGUCUUUACGCCUUGGACCUCAGUCUAUCGAUCGAACCCCCCAAAGCGAGUGUAAUGGACCCGAUUCUCCAUUUGAAACUUCCGAUUCAGAUAUCUUGUGAACCAAGCCCUAAUAUUGGGGCAGGAAUGCCGUCGUUAAGAGACGUUCACGCAAGCGAUGAUUUCUUUGUGCCACGAAGUGUUGCUCCCCCAAGGGAGGAAUUUCUUGGUCGAUCUAACCUGCCUCAAAUUUCGCCCGCGCUCUCCACGAGCCCAGUAUCUACAACACCAAUGCUGUCUUCAACGGCUGCUGAAGAAGCGCCAGCUACGAAUGGUGUCAACACGGCCGCAAAUCCGACAAACCAGCGUAUAUCUUUCAGCGUUCCUCAACGAUCUUCAUGGGCGCCCGGGGUCAUUCCUCAGCGCGCCCCACAGAGCGUCCGUCUUAUGGGGGCACAACAGCGGUUUCAAUCGCUAAGCUUUGACGAUGAUGAAGCUCUACAGCUGGCCGAGGGCCAAGACAUACAACCGAACGAGGAGCAACCACCUGAAUAUUCUAGUCUAGGUGGAAGAUGGCGGGAAAGGAUCUCGACCAAUGUCCGGCAAGGGCAGAUGUCUGAUGCACCAGCGAUGAACGGGCGCGACAUAAUCCGACAUGGGUCCACCUGA